AUGGCGGAGGCAACCUCCGCGUGUCGCUUUCGAGAUCCAAAAACUCAAGAAGAAGAUGCUGAGUUAUUGUCAAAAGCUACGCCACAAUCUACUAAAUACAAAACGAAGUGGGCCGUGGAAAUUUUCAGGUCAUGGCAAAUGUGUAGACCUCGAAAAAUUCCUGAGCUUGAAGUCGGUAAUCUUUUUAAAGAUUAUCCUGUCAGCAGCGUUAAAGCAGCCGACGAGGAACUAAAGCAGAUGAGCGCCAUUUCGCUGAACUACUGGCUUUCUAAAUUUGUGCAAGAAGUCGCGAACAAGAACGGUGGCCGUUAUCCAUCUCGAACAGUAUAUCAAAUUGUCUGUGGCAUUAAGCGUCAUUUAGAAGAACAAAACGGAGGAGAAGCACUCAAUCCCUUGGAUAAUAGUGAUAAGARGUUCUUCAUUUUUCGAAGAAUUCUCGAUUCUGAAAUGAGAGACGCCACUCGCCAGGGAAUAACACUAGCUACCAAACAAAAAGAGAAAGAACCAGUAAGCGAUGCCGAUGAAAAGCUGUUCUGGGACAAGAAGCKUCUGGGGAUGACUACUGCAAAAACCCUUUUGAAUACCGUUUAUUACUACAAUGGGAAGCUCUUUGGGCUUAKAGSAAGUGAACACAGAAACCUGACCAUCGAAAACUUCGAAUUGGGCCCUAACUUUAUCAGGUAUCAAGARAAUGUGUCCAAGACAUUCCAUGKAGGAUUAAAAGACCUCAAGUACGAGCCGAAAAGCAUAAAGCAUAUCUGCCAUGAAAUGAACGAAGACCACGACCCGUGCAUUUUAGAGCUCUAUCGUGUGUAUAUUGGCUUGGUACAAUCUAAAGAAAAGAGUGCUUUCUACUUUAGACCGAGUACAACCAAGAUGCAGUUUGAAAAGAGCGUAGUGGGAAUCAAUACASUGAACCAAAUCCUUCCUUCAAUGUGUAAARAGGCGGGCSUUAAAGUGAAGACCGCACAUUGUCUGYGUGUGUCCUGUGCAACAAAACUCUUCAACGCAGGAGUUCCAGAMAAAAUGAUUCGCGAGCGAACAGGCCACCGAUCAAGUGCCUUGCACCGGUACGAAAAGCCAAGUACAAACUUAUGCAAGAAAGUGUCAAACGUUCUCGGAUCGCAACCUGUGAGUUCGACCAUGACAACGCCCACGAGUACAUCAAAAGUACCCGGCCAGUCAGCAGGUGACAAAGAGGGAGUAACGCAUACCAUCCAAUGCUCCAGUAAACCCAGUGAUCAAUUUGUCAUAAAUGUGUAUUACAAAAAUCCUCAAUAA